AUGAGGCUACAACGACCGUCACUGCCAAGCCAUCGGACGGAAAUCGCCUUGCUAGUGGACAAGGCAAUCUCUGUACUACAAAUGACUAUAUCAGCCCUGGCCCGUGAAAGGGAUAUGUUGGAUGAGGAGUGGCGGCGACUGGAGGAGGCUCAAGACCAAAGCGAUCAUCUCGCUGCAGUCCACGCUCAUACUAUCCCAACAGAACUCUCUUCUGAGACUGGCAACGUACCUCCUAUAGAGGAAGGAGCUGUUAGUGUAGCGGAGCUUCUCCCGCCGGCACCGCAGGCCGACGAUCCCGUCUCUGCAGCAGCUGCCGUUGCCGCCAUGGAGUUCGAUACGCACGCUGCCAUCUCUCCCAUAAAGGCAGUGGCGGCAGCCGCUCAGCAGCUGUCUUCUCGUGGACGUGAAGGCCGAAGAUCAAGUGGGAUUCCUGGUGUUAGCUGGCAUCCUCGGACGGGUCGGUGGGUAGCACGAUGGACUGGCGAGGAUAAGAAGGAGCAUUCUAAGGGAUUCUCUUCGAAGCGACAUGGUGACGCUAAGGCGCUUCAGAUGGCUGUUGCCACUAGAAGAGCAAUGCAUGUUCGAGCGACGGAUCACCCAUCACCCAUCGUUGAGGAGGCAUCGAUGUCGCCCCCCUCUGAAGCCUCGGAAGAGAACGAGGAACCACCCGCUAAGAGGAGUCGUGACGAAGGACAGCUCUAUGAGACGAUAUCAGCGCUAGCUCAGCUAGCGAGUGAUCCCGUGCUUGGUCAUCCUGGCCCGCCUGAUCACUUAGCGACUGUAGAGGACUGUCUAGCCUUGUGUGAUCUCGGCACGCUGGGAUCGCAUCCUCUGACGCCCGAUGCGGAACGAGAGGUUGCCGAGGCUGUACUGCCUCCACUACCUUCAGGAGCCCAUGCUAGCUCGGAUCGACCCAGUGGCAUACAAGGAGUAACUUGGCACCCAUUAAAUCGGACGUGGGCUACGCGAUGGCGGGAAUCUGAAGGGCAGCAACGGAGCAAGAGCUUUGCUAUGUCGAAGUAUGGAGAUGACGGGGCAUUUCGGCUCGCUAUAAGACUCCGGAAGCUUCUUGAAGAUUUGGGCUUCGUCUCGCCGCAUAUGGGCCGACCAUCAGAACGAGGGACUCCACCAGUCCCUGCUCUCCCAAGCACUGAGGCCUGGAUACCAAACGCAAUGCCAAUCGCUGAUGGCCAGACCUCUGAGGCUGCUUCAAUGCCGCAUCAUAUAUCUGGCGGUAAGGUGAGGAGUGGUGUGCCUGGUGUUACCUGGAACGAGACCUACCAGAUGUGGGUUGCGAGGUGGCGAGAGGAACCCAAGGGACGAGAGAACAGCCGAACGUUCUCGGUGAAGCAAUACGGGGCACAUGAGGCUUUGCAAAUGGCAAUUGAUUAUAGGAGAAUGAUGGAGGAGGUCGGGAGAGUUCAGAAAUGCGUUGAAAAGAGUGGAAUUGGAGUGUUGGGAGCCAACUAG